AUGUUGGAAGGCCUUGUUGCGUGGGUGCUUAACACUUAUUUGGGAAAAUAUGUCAGCAACUUGAACACAGAUCAGCUCUCCAUAGCACUGCUCAAAGGUGCAGUUGAAUUAGAGAACCUACCACUGAGGAAAGAUGCCCUUAAAGAGUUUGACUUGCCCUUUGAGGUCAAAACAGGCUUCAUUGGAAAAAUCACGCUCCAGAUCCCGUUCUACCGACCUCACAGUGACCCAUGGGUCAUCUCCAUGUCCCAGCUUAACCUUAUCAUUGGUCCAGCUAUUUCCCAGGAGUACGAUGAUAAGAAGGAAAAAGAGGAGCAGAGGGAGCGCAAGAAAAAAUUCCUUAAGACUCUGGAAGACAAAUUCAAAAGUGAAUGUGAACAGAAAGGCGAGUCCUACUGGUACACUGUUACUGCAUCAGUGGUAACAAGGAUAGUGGAAAACAUUGAGCUCAACAUUCAAGAUGUGCACUUGAGAUUUGAGGAUGACACCUGCAAUCCUGAGAAGCCUUUCUCCUUUGGCGUAUGCGUCAACAAUAUUUCUGCUCAGAAUCCUUCCAAAGAUACAGCCUCGAAUCCCUUUAGAGAGAAGCAGCUAGAAAUUGAAGAUUUCAGAAUCUACUGGGAUACAGAAUGUGAAAUGCUAGCUAAACUGCCUGUUAAUCAAAUCCAGGAAGCAAUGACCCAAUGUAUGAAGACUUGGGAGCACCAAUACAUCUUCGAACCAGUGUCUGCCUCCGUAUUGCUAAAAAGAAAUGCUUCCAAGGAGCCUCUGAGAUUCCGACACACUCCACGGAUUCAAGGCCAUGUUCAGCUAGAAACAAUGUCCUUACGCUUAUCUCAGGUCCAAUACCAACAAGUUAUGGCGUUCCUCAAGGAACUAUACCGCCGGGAAAGGGAAAUGCUUUAUCGAAAAUGGAGACCAAACUGCACCGUCUCUGGAAACUGCAGACAAUGGUGGUUGUUUGCCAUUGAGGCAAAUCUUAGUGAGAUCAGGGAACAGCGGCAUCGAGGAAGUUGGAGCUUUGCCCUUCAGAGGGCCCGAGAUGUCCAGACGUACACCAGCCUGUACUUCCGAAAACUCAAAGGAGUCCCACUAAGCCCCCAAGAAGAGAGAGAGAUUGAGCGAGUAGAGGACGAGCAAACUUUAGAAGAGCUACAGAGCCUCCGAGAAAUCGUCCAUGACUGGUUUCGAAAGCAAGAAGAGAUUGUUGAGAAUGUCCGGGAGACCAGUAGUGAGCCCCAGCCUUGUUCGCCCACUACAUCCAUCCCUAAGAGUGGAAGCUCUGGUAUGAUCCAGUACCUACAGUCUUGGUUUCCAGGCUGGGGCGGCUGGUAUGGCGAUUCUAUGGACCCAGACAAAAACCCUGACGGGCUUCUCCCAAGCCCUUCCUCCUGGGAUAUUUUGGCAGAAACAGAUGACUUUUUUGACCCACUAGAGGACUCCCACACUCUCAACACAUUUACCAGGCGGGAUUACUUGUUUGCUCGCCUGGAGUUCUUACUGGAGAAAGGUGGAGUUACUCUCUUUCAUCAGGACACUAAAGACAAGAUAACACAUGAGAGUGGCGUCAUCCAGCUAGAGGUUUCAGAGGUGAAGGUGGUUGUGGAGUCUUUGCCUCGAUCAGAGUCUUCUUUACUAUCUGUAAAGCUGGGUGGUUUGUUUCUCAGAGACUUAACCACACAUGGGACCAUCUUCCCUGUACUGGUGUCUCCAAAAACUGUAAGUUUUAAGGCAUUAAAAUAUACAGGGAAGGUUUUGUCCGUAAUGUGAUUUUCUUUAGAUGUUCUUUCUUUUCUCUUGUCAGGGAUUUCAAGUGCGGAGAGUGUUUCAUCGCCAGUGUUUGAAAUGAUUUACGAGCGUAACCCUUUGAGGUCUAAAUUUGAAAGAAGACUGGAAGUUAAUACUAGCCCACUGAACAUCAUCUACAACCCACAAGCAAUCAAAAAAGUCACUGAAUUCUUUUAUAAAGGACGUGUCCAUUCCUCGGGUUUUGGUUAUCAGUCCGAGUUAGAACUGAAAGUCGCAGAGGCUGCCAGGAGGCAGUACGACAAAUUAAAAAGGCAGACAAAGGCAGAAAUCCGACAAACCAUCGAUCAGCUUCUUGUGGGAGAAUUUAUUGAAAACAGUAAGCGGUGGACUAUGAAACUGGACAUCUGCGCACCACAAGUCAUUUUCCCUGAUGAUUUCCAGUCAGGGGAUCCAAUGUUAGUUAUUGUUGAUUUAGGACGGAUUUUGCUCACCAACUUUCAAGAUGACUCUAAAGACUGCAAAACAACUCAACCUGAAAGGGAAGACCUGAGUGAUGAGGAAUACCAGACACCCCUAGCCACUCCUCCUGAGUCUCCGCCUGAGCUUGACAUACCCUUAAAAGACUGGCUAAAAUGUCCUGAGCUACCUAGCCUCAGAUCACCUGAAAAUACACAGGCCUAUAGUAGAAAACUUUACGAAAGAUACUCCUUGUCCUUCAAGGAUCUGCAGAUAAUGGUCGGUCGCUACAAAGACAACUGGAAAAACCUUCAGGAGAGUGACGUUGGGCCAACUCACGUGGUGGAGAAAUUUAACGUAUUGUUGCAACUGGAGCAGAGAUUGCGCUACACUUCAGAUCCUCAGCUGCCAGGUGCUGUGUUGUCAGGAACCCUACCUGAUCUGAAAGUCCAUAUCAACCUUGAAAAGAUGACAGCUUUGAGAAGUUGUCUGGCUAGGCUAAGCAGUCCAGCUGGGAAUGAGGACAAAGGCCAAGAGAAGGGGUCAAAGUCUCCCGAUCCGCUAACUCUGCGUCAUGAGAAAAUCUUUCAACGAGAGGACAGUUCCUGGAAGAUUCAAGGUUCAGCCAAGAACUUGACACAAAGCGUGAUGACAUUAGAGCAGCACACAAGGGAAGUCCUCGUGGAGUCGCGUCUACUUUUGGCUGAAUUUAAGAUAAACUAUAUGCAGCUUGGUGUGGAGAGCGAUGGACGCUACAUAUCUGUUCUCAAGGUAUUUGGCACAAAUGCCCAUUUUGUCAAGCGACCUUAUGAUGCAGAGGUCUCUCUUACGGUCCACGGUCUCCUUCUGGUGGACACCCUACAAACGUAUGGUUCAGACUUUGACCUUUUGGUUUCAUCUCAUAAGAAUCUCAGUUUUGACAUUCCCACUGGCAGUCUUCAUGAGAGCCAGCCAUCUUCCCCAAUGUCAUAUGAGAGCAGAUCUUCCGAGCAACCGAUCCAUCCCACUGAGUCAACUUCAGGAUUACGGCCAGAUAGAAUCUCAGCUCUCAGUUCCUUUCUCAAGGAUCAAGAAGCCCUAAUUAAACUUGAGUACCAGUUUGUGAGCUCAGAUUGUCCUUCCAUGAACCUGGACAGCUCUCUUCAAGUGAUAAGCAUGCAGGUCAAUAACUUGGACAUUAUUUUAAACCCCGAGACCAUGGUGGAACUUCUUAAGUUCCUUCAAAAGUCUUUCCCCAAGGAAGAAAGCACUUGGUCAUCAUCAUUGCAACCACAGUCUGUACAGCCCUGCACUGAAGAAGAAGAAGAUGGAACUUUUCAGUCAACAUAUGAUCACAACAAGGAGUUAACCGUCGAGAUUCAUAGACUUAAUCUUCUUCUCCUUAGAACUGUGUCCACGGGCACAGUUUUGGGUGCUGAGAAAAAAGGUCUGAAGAUUGCAACCGCAAGCAUAACCGGCACCAAGGUUAAUGUUUCCAUUGGCAGUCGAAUGGAUAUUAAUGGGUCCCUUGGUGCCAUUCAGUUGGUAGACUUGACCCAAGAAGGAGGCCGAAGCCAGUUUGUUGUUAGUAUUGGCAACGUGGAAGACUCCUCAAGUGAUGAAGUUCUAACUUUACUUGCUGACAAAGAACUCUCUCCUUCAGAAGCUUUAAAUUUCCGUCUUCUAGAGAAUUCUCAAGGGGACUGCAAUUUACAUCUGCAUAUGGCAUCUUUGCAUUACAACCACUCAGCCAAGUUCUUGAUGGAGUUGAGUCUUUCUGCUAAUGAGGUAGAGGACAAUUUUCGCUCCAUGUUAAAAAGUGCAGCCACUAAAGUGUCAACAGUUCUCGCCACUAAGACAGCAGAGUACAGUGGUAUGUUUUCACUCUUUGAGACUCCAUCUAGAAGAAGUCGAACACAGAGUUGGUCUUAUCCAUUGGAGGAUGAAGAAGAUAUUCCAAUGGAGGAAACGGAACCCACUUUAGACACAUUCUUUGUGAAGUUGACGCUUAAUAUAAACAUUGAAUCGCCAGUUGUGUCCAUUCCUCGCAAACCUGGGCACCCCGAAUUGCUGGUGGGACACCUAGGUAGUAUAACUAUCCAGAAUUUUAUUACUGGUCAACAUUCUGAAGGGGAGAGACUCCAGGUGCUUGUGAAGGAUAUUCGAUUGUACUCACUAAACAUGAGUCAUUUGGUUUUGAAGAAAAUGCAAAAGGGGGGACAAAAUGGUAGUGUUUCACCGUCCCGUAAUGGAAGCAUCAGUCAUGAAGAACUGCAGUUCACACGUCAUGACUUCUUUGAAUACCUCAGCCAAGGAAAAGCCUUCCAUAUAUUAACAGACACCACCAUUGAGUUCACCCUAGAGAAGGCCACGAUAGAAGAAGACGUAUAUGCUUUACUCACCUCCAAAGAAUCAUGCAAGAGCACAGGGUUGCUCAGAGUCGAAGGAAAAUUUGUCAGACCUGUUCAGGUGUUCCUUUGCAAGUCUGUGUAUGAACAGGUCCUUCAAACACUGGACAAUUUAUUUCUCAUCGAGGAGCAACAUGUAACACCCAGUCAACCACCGACACCCCCACCGCCAACUCCUUCCUCCACCAGACCUCACCGCUUUCCUGACCCCCACGGUGGACUGUUUGCAAAGGAUCCUCCCUACAUCAGCUUAUCACACUCAUUCCUCUCCUCGCCUUUGCCGCUACAGUCUCAAAAGACAACUCCUCACUCCUCUGCAUUUACUCAGCUAAAGGUAACUGUUCAUGUUGCAGAAUUGCAGGUCCAGCUAAGUGCUGACCUUUCCCAGGGCUCCCAAGGCUUAAUCAGUUUGCAUUUCCGUGACUUGGAGGGAGACUUCACCAAAGAGCAUCCGCAUUUAUUGGAAGUACAGCUAAUUCUGCGAUCACUGCUCAUGGAGGAUCUCUUGGAACAGAACCCUGAGCAUAAACAUCUCAUGAUGUCUCGUGGUGCUCCGAAGCCCUCGACAUUCAGUCCAAAAGAAUACCUCUCUCAUAGCUGUCCAUCUGCCUCCAAUGCCCAGUUCCCAGAUAUGCCUCGCUCGCUGCCUUCCCACAUGGAAGAAGCCCAGAAUGUCUUCAAACUCUACCAAAGACACGCUGGCACUCCUUCAGCAAGUCAUCGCAAAUCUAAAAAGGAUCCAGACUGUCCUAGCACCCCACCACCUUCUCCAACUCACCCUAGCUCCUCCCCCCUGCCAACGUCCGAAUUUGAUGAGUCAUUAGUUCACAUCAAUGUGUUGCUAGUGGACCAGAACCACCCAGAGUUUAAAAGCCGUUACGGCGGUGUCGGACGAAGCAUCGAUAUUGACUUUAACUGCCUGGACGUGUUGAUCACGUUGCAGACCUGGGUAGUUAUCCUGGAUUUCUUUGGUAUCGGCUCUACAGCCAAUAACCAUGCAAUGAGGAUGCCUUCUAGUUCUUCUCAAUCUGUGCCAGGACAUCCUCUCUUUGAGUCAGACAUCAUUGAACAGGACCCAAACGAGGUUGUCAACUCCAAACUAGACCUUAAGGUUCAUUCCUUAUCUAUUGUACUGAACAAAGAAGGCAACGACCUUGCGAGAGCCAGUGCAAGCAAAUUAUCUGCCCAUCUGGAAAUGUUAGACAGCAACCUGGUACUGACAGGCAGUUUGGGAAGUUUGUCCCUCAGUGAUCUGACCCCACAUGGUGAUCUCUACAGGGAACGUUUCACUACACGUGGAGGGGAAGCUCUUAUAUUCAAUAUUCACAGAUAUGGUCUUCCAGAUCCUUACCUGGAGCGUGAAUAUGACAUUAAGGUUUCUCUGCUAAUGGCCUCAGUACAGUAUGUCCAUACUCAACGCUUUCAGGCUGAAGUGGUGGCCUUCAUCCAGCACUUCACACAAUUGCAGGACGUGCUUGGCCGGCAAAGAGCUGCGAUGGAGGGCCAAACUAUACGUGACCGUCCUCAUCGCGCAUCCAGGGUUCUGCUUGAUAUUGAAGCUGGGGCUCCAGUCAUUAUCAUCCCAGAAAGCUCAAGUUCAACAAGAGUCAUUGUAGCAAAUCUCGGCCAGCUGAGGCUGCAGAACUGCUUCUUACCGGCUGGUGCUUACGGCACUUUCUCCGCUCGUGACAAGGUAGAGAAAAUGACCAUGGCACAUGCCUUUUUCCCUUCUCUGGAGCCUGCACAAAAUGCAGAGGCGUGGUCUUAUGAGCAAACAUGCCAUCAAACGUCUCCCAGCAACAUCACCUCCUGUUCUAAUGGGAGUGCACAGCCUGACGCAGCUCAGGAGUGGGGUGGUGACCCAAUCGCAUCGGAAGCACAUGUGUGUCUUUUGGAUUGCAUUGCUCUGGACCUGCAGCAAAUGGAUAUUUUUGCUGCAGAGCGUCUGCCUUGCCAAUCGUGUACAGCCGCUGAAAUCUCAGAUGUUAUUUUCCCGUCCUACUGUGUUCGACGGAUGGGAGGAAACCUGCUGAAGGAGUGCUGCCGUCUUCAGCUUAAAGUAGAACGGAACUUAGACAGUGAGCUGAGCCAUGCAGUCCCUGAUAUGACAAUCUACGGCAGUCUUUCAUCAGUUCAGUGCUCUCUAGAUCCAAAACAUUACCAGCUGAUUCGAGGACUGCUGGAGAACAAUCUUGGAGAACCUGUUGAAGAAUUUCUAAGACCCUUCAACCUGCAAGAUCCCAGCACCUAUACGGUGUUGAGUGGAGACGUCUUCACCAACUUGUCAAUUUUAGUGGAUAUGGUGGAUGUCAGCCUGGAGCUCAUAGACAGCAGUAAAAUGCAGAAAUCCUCACUAGCAAGGUUUAACUUCUUGAAAUCCAAGCUCCUCUUUGAGAGUUUCUCCAAUGGAUCCAAAUCAGUCAAUCUGGUAUCUCACUCGCUACUUGCAUAUGACACACGCUGCACUGGCCAAAACGAGAGCACUAGUGGACCUGAUGAGACCAAGCACAAUGUAUUCGACUGUAUUCUCCAGCCUUCAAAAACUGGCACAAACCAAGCUUCUCUGCAACUAGAACUACAUUACAGGUCGACCCGAGACUCGUCUUGUUUCACAGUGGUCCUGAAUAACCUAAGGGUUUUUCUUAUCUUUGACUGGCUUCGGCUCGUGCAAGAGUUCUUGCGGUUGCCAGUGAAAAAGACGUCAGGAGCUGCUGUGAAUGUUCACUUAAACACUGGGGCUGUUAUACCAAAGAGGGUCAAGAGUGGCGUGGUCACCAAGAGAUCCACUGUGCCUGUUACACACAGUCGCUCCAUGGAGGUUAAGGUCAAUGUUACAGGCACUGAGUUUGUCAUUGUGGAGGACUCAAGCUGCCUGGAUACCAAUGCCAUCAUUCUUAAAGGCACCACUGUUCUCACAUACAAACCUAGGCUGCUGGACCGACCCUUUUCUGGAAGUCUUGCCGGCAUAGAGGUGUUCUCGUGUCGGCUUGGCAGUGAACAAGAGACGGCGCUGUCCAUCAUUGAUCCAGUCAAUAUUCAGGUGGAGCUGUGUGGCAGCCCGACUUACCAAAGCAGCUCAGGUCUACUCGAUGCCUUUAGUGUGGAAGAUAUUCCACCGUUGCUAGAGAUCCAAUUCCCUGUUCUAGACAUCCGACUAUCCUACAAUGACAUUCAGCUCUUCUUAGCCAUUGCCAAAUCCAUCCCUUCUGUAAAUCCUCCUCCUGCAUCUGACCCUGUGCCUCUUGAUACACCCAAAGACUCUCAAAAGAAGAAAAAACUUGCCGUUAUUGAGGGGCAGCUGAUUCAUUUGCAAGAUCUUGGUUUCAGGAAAGAGGACUGUAAAAAGGCACUUAUCCUUUGUAAAGGUCAUCUGGAUCAGGCUGCAAUGUGGCUGCUGGAGAAUGCAGAGAACAUUGCAGGACGCUCUAAAGAACGUUCCAGAACAGACUCCGGUUCUUCCAGUCAGGCUGCUGCUUUGUCUGGGGUAGAAGUAAAGGCAGAGAGCAUCUGUAUUUGUUUCAUUGAUGACUGUCUGGACUGUGACAUACCCCUUGCUGAGCUCACCUUCUCCAGACUCAAUGUGUUACAGCGUAUUGGUUCUACCCAGGAAGGCAAUGCCAGCUUUAGUCUUUCAGGAGACUACUACAACAGAGAACUAGCAGGCUGGGAGCCAUUUAUUGAGCCCUGGCCGUGCUUCCUGUCCUGGCAGAAGCAAGAAGCGAGCCGAUUACAUCCAGCCCGUCUCAAAAUGAGCGUUAGAGCCAAGCAGCGACUUGAUGUCAACAUUACUUCUGUUCUUUUGGAACAGUACAACACAACCAAGACCUCCUGGAUUGCAGACUACUGUAACAAAGAUGAACAUAGUGGUCAAUCUUCACCCACCUUAUCCUGGAUUGGCUCUUCAGUUGACCCGCCUAGUUUUGGACAGAGCGCUUCCUUGUCUCAUCUGAGAACUCGUAGCACAGCUAGCUUAAACAGCUUCGAUCAGCAAACUGACUCAAAAGGUGUUAAACUUUCCAAGAAAAGGCAACCAUUUGUUCCAUAUGCUCUACGCAACCAUACAGGAUGUACCAUGUGUUUUGCUACUCUGACUACAACACCCACAAGGGUAGCACUUUCACACAGCAGUAGUGCAGACUCAAUUGGAGACAUCCACGGUCCAGGCAAUGAUGAUAGCCACAAUGUCAGUCAGUGGCGAGAAGUCUCUCCAGGGGAGGAGGUUCCGUUUGAGUUUGAGGGACGAGAGAAACUUCGCCAUAGGCACACUCAUGAGCUAAAGCUGCAUCAACUGCUUGUACGAGUGUGUGGAUGGGAGCAGGUCAAGCCUGUGUCUGUGGACAAAGUGGGGAUUUUCUUCCGUUAUGCCACUCCAGACAGAAACAAUGCAUCCAACAUGGUUGGCAGUCCAAUCAGCAGGACUAACAUUAUCCAUCCACAUGUAUACUUCUCUGCGCUGCCUCCAGUAAGAGUGGUCUUCUCCAUUACAAUGGAGGGAAGUGCCAGGAAAGUUAUAACUGUGCGCUCAGCUCUCAUUCUGAAAAAUCGUCUUGAUGUUCCCAUGGAGAUCAGACUUGACAGCCCCUCUGCUCCGGACAAACCAGUGGUAUUGCCUCCCAUUUUGCCCGGCCAGGCCUUGGCAGUUCCACUCCACCUGACGUCAUGGCGACUCCAGGCACGGCCUAAAGGCUUGGGCUUAUUUUUCUGUAAAGUUCCAAUCCACUGGACCAGCGUGGAACGGCCCGGAGAAAGCAGCAGCAGCAGGAGGGACUGCCAAUCAGCAGACUUUGACGACAACAUGAAGCGUAACUUUCGGUUUUGUGUGGUCAUAAAAAAGGAAAACUACCCCGACCAACAACCUGCUAAAAGGGUGUCCAGUACAAAUCAGAUCUAUCGCCAGCCAGGUCACACUAUUUACCUGUUGCCCACCAUGGUGUUGGUCAACUUGCUACCUUGUGAUCUCAAUUACUACGUAAAGGGAUCAGCCAUAAAAGGCUCACUGAAACCUGGAAAAGAAGCUGUGCUUCAUGCCGUGGACACCUCACAGAACAUGGAGCUAGGUGUCUUGGUUGAAAACUUCCCUGUGUGCAAAGAGCUUCUCAUUCCUCCUGGAACUCAGAAUUAUGUAGUGAGAAUGAGGCUGUAUGACACCAGCAAGCGUCUUCUUUGUCUCACCAUUCGCAUCAUCCUGCGGGCGCACGGAGCAUUGAAAAUCCUCAUUUCCGCCCCCUACUGGCUAAUCAACAAGACAGGCUUGCCUUUAAUUUUCAGGCAAGACAAUGGAAAAGUGGAUGCAGCAGGCCAGUUUGAUGAGCAUGAAUUAGCACGAAGCCUCAGUCCAUUGCUUUUCUGCUACACUGACAAAGAACAGCCUGCUAUGUGUACUAUGCGAGUCGGAAAGGGGAUCCAUCCAGAUGGCGUUCCAGGCUGGUGUCAGGGAUUCUCUCUGGAUGGAGGGAGUGGAGUAAGAGCCGUUAAGGUCAUCCAGCAGGGUAACAGGCCUGGACUCAUCUACAACAUUGGUAUCAGCGUGCGCAACGGAAAAGGACGCUACCGAGACACUCACAUUGUGACUUUUGCCCCACGCUACUUGCUGGAUAACAGCUCCUCACACAAACUUGCUUUCGCUCAAAGAGAGUUUGCUCGAGGAAAGGGUACAGCCAACCCGGAGGGUUACAUCUCCACUCUGCCUGGCUCCAGUGUUGUUUUCCACUGGCCCCGAAAUGACUACGACCAACUGUUAUGCGUGCGCCUAAUGGACUCCCCGACGUGCACCUGGUCAGGAGGUUUUGAGGUCAACAAGCCCAAGUCCUUCCACGUCAACAUGAGGGACACCAUGGGGAAUUGCUUCUUCCUCCGGACAGAGAUCACCAUCAAGGGAGCCACCUACCAGAUCUCCUUCACUGACACAGACCAGCUACCCCCACCUUUCCGUAUUCACAACAUCUCGGAAGUCCCUGUCCAAUUCUGGCAGCACGGUGUGGUUGACAUCAAACUCCACACUGAAGUGAAGGCAGACUCUGAACUGGACUACGCCUGUGAUGAGCAAACACUGCCUCCAUACUUGACUCUGACUGUAAAGGGAGCCGGCUCAUCAGAGGUCACAGCCGACAUGAACUUCUUCAGAGAAUACAACAAGCUCUACUAUGAGAACUUCAUCUACAUCGCUGCCACGCACACCUUUUCACAGAGUGGUGGCAGGAGGCCUGUUGGCAAGAAACACCCGGUAACCUGUGCAGAAUUGGUUCUUGAUGUGGACACAAAGACACAGAGGGUCAUUUUGAAAAAGAAGGAGCCUGGGAAGCGUUCCCAGCUGUGGAGGAUGACGGGAACCGGUAUGCUGUGCCAUGAAGGCUCCUCGCCACCUCAAAGCAAGCCUGCCCAACCACGUCCAAUGGACUCCUCUUUGGUUUUAGACAUUGCAGGACUUGCUGCUGUUAGUGACAACAGUUUUGAACCAUUGAUGUUAAGGAGACCAGACCCCCGUCGCAGCACCACCCAAACAUGGCACUUCAGUUCAUGCAUGCUCACCUGUGGCCUUCCCCGGCUUGUAGUACAGGUAAGAGGUGGUAUUGAAGGCCUUUACGAUGGAGCUGAGGUGGUGUUAGGACCAGACUCUGGUCUUCUUGACCCCGGCCCUGAACAGCAGUUUAUCAACCAGAAGAUGAGGCCGGGUUCUGGUGUGUUGUCUGUUCAAGUACUGCCGGACGGACCCACACGUGUUCUCCAGAUCAGUGACUUCAACCAAAGGAGAACCAUCCACAAGUCACCAAGUGCAGAGCCAGACAUGAGCAAAGAGGACUUGAAAAAGAAAGAUCCUCAACAGGAGCUGGAGGUGUUAGUGAACUUGGAGGAAGGCAUCGGCGUGUCACUGGUCAACAAGGCUCCCGAGGAGCUUGUGUUUGCCACACUAUCGGGUAUCGAUGUCCACUUCACACGCACGGCGGCAAAUGAGGUGUUGGAACUGAGCAUUAACAACAUUCAGGUGGAUAAUCAGCUUCUAGGCACCACUCAGCCAGUGAUGCUGUGUGUGACUCCAAGUUCAGGUGACAGCACCGUGAGCGAUAGUGGUCCAGCAUUGCAGGUGAACUCGGUCAAAGUUCCCAGCAGCCUUAUGCUCACUGAUAUCUUCAAGCACCUGAUGGUAACAGCUGGGCGCUUCACAGUCAUCAUCGAAGAGAAGUUGUUGCUCAAGCUGCUUAGCUUUUUUGGUUAUGGGCAGACAGAAGCAGAACUAGAGAAGUUGGAUGAAAACCUGCACGAGAGGCCCAAUCAGGAUGCAGGACCUCCAAAACGCUACUACUUUGAGAACCUGAAAAUCAGCCUGCCUCAGAUCAAGCUUAGUGUCCUGACCUCACAUAAACUGCCUGCUGAUCUGAAGGCUUUAAAAGGUACUUUGGGAUUUCCUCUGGUACGCUUUGAGGACGCAGUCGUCAACAUGUACCCGUUUACCCGUGUGCACCCUUAUGAGACUCAGGAGAUUAUAAUCAAUGACAUCUUCAAGCACUUCAGAGAGGAGCUGAUUAGCCAGGCAGCUCAAAUCCUUGGCUCUGUGGACUUCCUUGGAAAUCCAAUCGGACUCCUCAAUGAUGUGUCUGAGGGUGUAUCAGAGCUCAUCAAGUACGGCAACGUAGGCGGACUCAUUCGAAAUGUGACACACGGUGUGUCCAAUUCGGCUGCCAAAUUUGCAGGAACUUUAUCUGAUGGGCUUGGCAAAACCAUGGACAAUCGGCACCAGACGGAGAGAGAGUACAUCAGAUACCACGGAGCAACCAGUGGCGAGCACCUGGUUGCAGGCAUCCAUGGACUUGCUCAUGGUAUCAUCGGUGGCAUGACGAGUAUCAUAACUUCAACCGUGGAGGGUGUCAAGACAGAAGGUGGAGUCAGUGGCUUUUUCUCUGGCCUGGGCAAAGGUCUUGUCGGCACUGUGACCAAACCAGUGGCUGGAGCUUUGGACUUUGCUUCAGAAACGGCGCAGACGGUGCGGGACAUGGCGAGUCUUAGUAACCACAGGCUAAGUGUGCUGCGUGUCAGGAAGCCUCGCUGCUGCAAAGGCCCUCAGGGUCUUCUACCUCGGUACUCAGCCGUGCAAGCCGAUGGCCAGGAGCAGCUUUUCCAUCUUACAGACAACAUUCAGUCUGAGUUCUUCAUCGCAGUAGAGCCUAUCGACAGCUACAGUGUGCUCAUCUCCUCCAAAGUGGUCUACUUCCUCAAGCCUGGAGAUCACGUGGACCGAGAGGCCAUUUUCCUGGAGAUCAAGUAUGACGACCUCUACCACAGUCUAGUGUCGAAGGAUCACGGGAAGGUGUAUGUGCAGCUCACUAAAAAGGCUGAAAGUACUAGUAGCGGUGUUGCCAUCCCUGGACCGUCCCAUCAGAAGCCCAUGGUCCAUGUGAAGAGUGAAACUCUGGCUCUCAAAAUCUCCCAAGAGAUAAACUAUGCUAAGAGUCUAUACUACGAACAACAGCUCAUGCUGCCUGCCAGUAACAACGAGGACUGCUUAUUGCUUGAAUCAUGA